AUGACCCAGCCGAUAUACGAUGUGGCGAUUGUCGGUGCUGGCCUGUCGGGUCUUCAAGCUGCACGCACCGUCCACCAGGAAGGUCUGAGCUACGUCGUCCUUGAGGCCCGAGAUCGUGUCGGCGGGAGGACCUUGACGGCUCGAUCGAGCGGAACGGGAAGUGCGAAAGCCGAGUUGGGCGCAGCAUGGAUCAACGACACCAACCAGAGUCGCAUGUGGGCGCUCGCGGAAGAAUUGGGUCUCCAUACCAUGGUCCAAAACACCAAGGGCCAUGUCGUCGUGCAGGACUUUGAUGGAAGCCUGGUGAAGUUUCCAUACGGCGACGCGCCGAAGUACCGCUCGGACCAGGACACGGAGUCAUGCGUCUCGAUUCGGGAUCUGGUUGAGAAUCUAUCCACCACACAGUCGCCAUCGAUCUUCUCGGCCGGCCCUCACCGGGACCAUCUCGACUCCAUCUCCUUUGAGACUUUCCUGCACCGUUCGAGGCUCACGGACAAGGCGCUGGCGACCGCUCAGGUCUGGACUCACGCCAUGCUCGGCGUGGACCCGUCUGAGGUAUCGGCCCUGUACUUCAUCGAAUACUGCGCCGCUGGAGGAGGGCUGAUGACGAUGCGCUCCGACGGCAAAGGAGGCGGCCAGUAUCUCCGGAUCCGCGAAGGGACUUCGGCAUUCGCCGAGGGGCUGGUCAAGAAGUUGAAUGCUGGAUCAGUCAAGCUGAGCAGCCCCGUCGCCGAGGUCCAUCAAGGCUCAGACGAGACGGUCUCGAUCUCCACGAGAGGCCCAACGCCGCAGACGUACGUCGCUCGCAGGGUGAUCGUCUCCAUCCCCACGCCCGUGUAUAAAACCCUCAAAUUCACCCCGGCCUUGCCAGUCGCGAAGGGUGCCAUCGUCAACCGCACGCGCUACGGGUUUUACACAAAGUAUAUCGUCAACUUCCGCGAGGCGUUCUGGACCGAUGACAACUUGUGUGGGCUCGCACAGAGCUUCGUCGGGCCCGUGUCCGUUUUCCGCGACACGAGCCUCGGCCACGACCAGCCAGCCCUGACUUGCUUCCUCGGCGGCAGUUUCGGCAGGAAGUGGGCCAUGCAAGAUGCCGAGGGCAAGAAAGCGUCGGUCCUCAAACAGAUCGGCGAUGUCUUCGCCGCCGGUCGGGACAUCAGCGGUCUCGUCGUCGACGCGGUCGAGUCUCCGUGGAUGGAAGAGGAGUUCUCGGGCUGGGGCUGUCCGUGUGCGAACCUGCCGCCCGGCCUGCUCGCACACGGAUGGGACGCCCUGUGUGAGCCCUUUGGCCACGUCUUCUUCGUGGGCACCGAACUCAGCAAGGUAUGGCGAGGGUAUAUGGAAGGAGCGGUGCGGAGUGGAGAGAGUGGCGCUCUGCAGGCCAUUGCUCAUCUCAGGGCUGGUAAGCAGCAGACUUCAAAGCUGUAG